CAAUUGAAUAACUACUUUGGUUCCGUCUUCACUAAGGAAGACAUAAAUAAUCUACCGGAAAUAGCAGGGGACCGCGUGUCAAAUGAGAUGGAGGAACUGAGUGAAAUCCAGGUUAGCCGGGAAGUGGUGUUAGGUAAAUUGAAUGGAUUAAAGGCCGAUAAAUCCCCAGGGCCAGAUAGGCUGCAUCCCAGAGUACUUAAGGAAGUAGCCCCAGAAAUAGUGGAUGCAUUAGUGAUAAUUUUUCAAAACUCUUUAGAUUCUGGAGUAGUUCCUGAGGAUUGGAGGGUAGCUAAUGUAACCCCACUUUUUAAGAAGGGAGGGAGAAAGAAAACGGGGAAUUACAGACCAGUUAGUCUAACAUCGGUGGUGGGGAAACUGCUAGAGUCAGUUAUUAAAGAUGGGAUAGCAGCACAUUUGGAAAGUGGUGAAAUCAUUGGACAAAGUCAGCAUGGAUUUACGAAAGGUAAAUCAUGUCUGACGAGUCUUAUAGAAUUUUUCGAGGAUGUAACUAGUAGAGUGGAUAAGGGAGAACCAGUGGAUGUGAUAUAUCUGGACUUUCAGAAGGCUUUCGACAAUGUCCCACAUAAGAGAUUAAUAUACAAACUUAAAGCACACGGUAUUGGGGGUUCAGUUUUGAUGUGGAUAGAGAACUGGCUGGCAAACAGGAAGCAAAGAGUAGGAGUAAACGGGUCCUUUUCAGAAUGGCAGGCAGUGACUAGUGGGGUACCGCAAGGCUCAGUGCUGGGACCCCGGCUAUUUACAAUAUAUAUUAAUGAUUUGGACGAGGGAAUUGAAUGCAACAUCUCCAAGUUUGCGGAUGACACGAAGCUGGGGGGGCAGUGUUAGCUGUGAGGAGGAUGCUAGGAGGCUGCAAGGUAACUUGGAUAGGCUGGGUGAGUGGGCAAAUGCAUGGGAGAUGCAGUAUAAUGUGGAUAAAUGUGAGGUUAUCCACUUUGGUGGCAAAAACAGGAAAGUAGACUAUUAUCUAAAUGGUGGCCGAUUAGGAAAAGAGGAGAUGCAACGAAACCUGGGUGUCAUGGUACACCAGUCAUUGAAAGUAGGCAUGCAGGUGCAGCAGGCAGUGAAGAAAGCAAAUGGUAUGUUAGCAUUUAUAGCAAAAGGAUUUGAGUAUAGGAGCAGGGAGGUUCUACUGCAGUUGUACAGGGUCUUGGUGAGACCACACAUGGAGUAUUGCGUACAGUUUUGGUCUCCAAAUCUGAGGAAAGACAUUCUUGCCAUAGAGGGAGUACCAGACUGAUUCCUGGGAUGUCAGGACUUUCAUAUGAAGAAAGACUGGAUAGACUCGGCUUGAUUUCGCUAGAAUUUAGGAGAUUGAGGGAGGAUCUUAUAGAAACUUAAGGGGUUGGACAGGCUAGAUGCAGGAAGAUUGUUCCCGAUGUUGGGGAAGUCCAGGACAAGGGGUCACAGUUUGAGGAUAGAGGGGAAAUCCUUUAGGACCGAGAUGAGAAAAACAUUUUUCACACAGAGAGUGGUGAAUCUCUGGAACUCUCUGCCACAGAAGGUAGUUGAGGCCAGUUCAUUGGCUAUAUUUAAGAGGGAGUUAGAUGUGGCCCUUGUGGCUAAAGGGAGAGAAGGCAGGUACAGGAUACUGAGUUGGAUGAUCAGCCAUGAUCAUAUUGAAUGGCAGUGCAGGCUCAAAGGGCCGAAAUCCUGCACCUAUUUUCUAUGUUUCUAUGUUUCUAUGAAUAACAAUAUUUUUAUAUCAUCACCGGUCUUCCUCAGCUCUAUUUAACCUUAAGAAGUUAGCCGAGUGGAAACUGUGCUUGUUCUUCUAAUUCUAAGAAUCCCUUCAGCUGGACAGAUAUGGUAUAUUCCUGUUUUGUUUGAUAAUCUACGUUGCUUCCUUAAAGGCGCAUUUAUCAAUCUCAUUUUGAACCCUGCGACGAACUUUGGUAGCUUGAAAAACAUUUCCUCUUUCAAAGCACUGGGAAGAACAUGUCGAAAACCACCAUCCUGUUUUUCACCCAGCUGCUAUGUGGGAUUGGGCAUGUCCAAACAGAUGUGACGAUACAAAAGACAGAAAUAAAAUCCGACCCCGAGGCAUCAGCACAAGCGGGAAGCUCCAUUACUCUGACAUGUUCAGUUAGUAUCGUGGCAACGCCUGAUCUCCUAAAUCAAAUUUCAUACAGUUUAUAUAAAGGAUCACAAAAGAACGUCCUGCUGAAUACCUCCAUGGCUCCUGAGCCAAAAUACUCUUUUACAAUACAAUCUGCUCGAGCAACACAUACUGGAUACUAUGUCUGUGUCGUGAACGUGGGAGAUAAAACAGCUACGAGCGACACCUUAUACAUAGAAGUUACAGGACAAAUACAGAGGCCGCGACUUGCCAUACAACCAAUGACGGUGAUAGUAGGAAGUCAAAUUGAGUUGCGCUGCGAUUCUGCUGAAGAAAUUCCUCCUCUUGACUUUACGUUCUACAAAUAUAAAAAUGGAAGACCUUCCCCUGCGGGACAAAAAGCAUCCGAUACAAACUUUGUAACACACACGCUUAAAGUUACAGAAACAACAGAUCAAGUCUACAGCUGUAAGGUCAAAGGAAGAAGCUCGGCAACAACCUCAAUCAACAGUGAACCUGUCACCAUAACUGUGCAAGAUCCAUUUUCUAGUCACCUCUUUACGAUUGAACCACAAUCUAGAAUAUUUGAAGGCGAUGACUUUACCAUGAGGUGCACAGUUCAGAUGUCAUCAUUAAUUCCAUCCUCUACAAAAGCUGAAUUAACAAUCACGAAAGGUACAACUUCGAUAGCCAACAGCGUUACUGGCGAAGCUAAGAUUUCUAAAAAAGCAACUGCUGAUGAUACGGGACAAUACACUUGCCACGCAAUGUGGAAGGAGACAUUGAAAAUUCUUGUAAAACAGGUGACUGUGGCAGUACCAGUUUCCAAACCAAGUCUAAAUUCAACAGCCUUUAAUAGUAUUGUGGCUCAAGGUGAUCGUUUGAAUCUCACAUGUGCUGUGGUGAGGGGAUCUUGGCCAAUAAUUUACACAUUUUACAAAGGAACACCAGAAAACUCUUUGCAUCGGUCAAUUUUAAAUGCUACUGCCGGAGUCUAUACUAUUCCAUCGGCUGACACUGCAGACAGUGGAGAGUAUUUCUGUCAAGCAGAAAACAAUGCAGGUGUAAAACAUCGAAGUGAAAGAAGUCAGAACAUUAAUAUAAAUGUAAAAGUUCCAGUCUCAGAGCCAAAAGUAAAUCUCCUCACUUCAGGAACCACAUAUGAAAUAGGAAAACGCAUAUCCAUUCGAUGCCACUCAACAAAUGGGAGCUCUCCUGUGACUUACUCGCUAUUCUUAAACCAAAGAUUCAUCCACUCUGUCAAGAACUGUACUACAGAGCCUGCGGUUUUUAAUAUUCUCAUAAAUAAUACCAAAGAUGGCGGCGUGUACAAGUGCAAAGCUGAAAAUGAAAUUCCAAACUCAUUCAAAUUUAGUGAAGGAAUCAACUUUACCAUAUUGGGUACCAAACCAAUGUGGUUGGAAUAUCACAUGCCACGUAUACUUGCUUUUUUAUUAUUAUUUCUCAUAUGUUGCUAUGUUCAUGUUAAAUACCGAAAGAAUAAAAGACGCAAAAUAGUGAAACAACAAAAUCAAGGAUCUGUGAAAGAUAAUACUGUGCUUUACAGUAAAGUAAAAGGAACGGCACAUCCAAAUGAGGAGAAGGACUACGUUAACAUCCCAUCAUUAAAAGGAACCGGAACUGAUUCAGAGUGUGAUUGUGAAAUGAACUAAGUCAAUAUUGUAAGAAAAAAAGCAGCUUUUUCCAAAUAAAGGUAGACGGCCGGUCCGUUUGCAGAAUUUAUCCCAUUGACUCGGAGGAGGAGGAGGAGGAGAAGGAGGAGAGCCAGCACAGCGGCAGUUACUCCACAAAGGAGCUUAUCUGUCCUUGGGAGCAAGUGGUGGAGGAAAGCAAAGCUGUGUGAGGGGCGGUGGGCUUGAGGCCCAUGGAUCCCUGACAUUCCCAAGAUCUCCAGCGGCCUUCAUGUUGGUAGAAGCAAGCCGAGUUCUGCAGCUUCAUUGGUGACUAGUUCAAAGGACCAGCCAGGCACGGAGCAUCAUUUAUGUCUCUAAUCCUGCAGUCACCUCUUCGUUUAACAAUUAUAAACUUUCAAGUUUUAUUCCGCUCGAUAGAGCAGCUUCUGCUCCUAAAUUUAGUUCACCUGGGAUGACCAAACUGCAGGUCACACUCUCACUGAAAUAAAACAGUUGUUAAACACUUUAACUCCCGUUCCCAUUCCCACGCAGACCUUUCUGUCCUGGGCCUCCUCCAUUGUCAGGGUGAGGCCCAGCGCAGAUUGGAAGAACAGCACCACAUAUUUCGCUUGGGCAGCUUACACCCCAGCGGUAUGAACAUUGACUUCUCUAACUUCAAGUAACGCUUGCUUUACCCCUCUCCAUCCCUCCCCCCUAUCCAGUUCUCCGACUAGUCUAACUGUCCUCCUUUACAUUUUAUCUCUGUUUGCUUUGUUGUUACCUUCUCCUAGCUAACAAUCGUCUAUUGGUGCGUGUACAGAUGUGGUGAAGAUGUCGCUGUUUAGAGCAUAUUGCACACCACUCUAUACUGUGCACCUGUGGUCGAACUAUGGAUAGACAAGUUUGCAGAGACUAAAGGUGGCCUAUAACGAUGCCAUGAGAACACUGCUAAAGAAAUCUAGAUGGUGUAGUGCUAGUAACAUGUUUGCGGCUGCAGGAGUCAGUACUUUAGAAGCUAUCCUAAGAAAUCAUAUGUAUAAAUUCAUUUGCAGUAUAAAUGACUCAAAAAAUUUAAUUAUUGUGGCCUUGUCAAACAUAAGGUUUAGCACUACACGCUACGAAUCCCAGCUGUGGAGACACUGGUAUCGUUGUCUCAUUGUAGGACAUUGAUCAUUCUUUUUAAAUUCUGGAUUUUAAUUCAUGUAUUGUGGGGUUUUUUAAUAUAACAUUUAUAAUGCUUUUAUAAGUGAUAUACUCAGAUUUUAUAUGUACUUUAUGAUGUUUUUAAUAUGCAAUGUAUUUUUAUGUAAUGUUGUCCCUUGCCUGGACCUAGAAUCCGAAAUAAAGUUUACUGUUAUUAUUAUGCUAC